AGAGAGGGGCAAAGCAGAGGGAAAUUCUCAAUGUAGGCUACACCAGAGUUUUGAGUUUCUUCCAUCUCCGCCCCUCCAUGCAUGUUAUAUAGUGAAACCUGAAACAGUAGCUGUCCUGCAUAUGACGCUCCCCUCUCCUCCGACGGCUGCCGUUUUCCAACACUAUGAAAGGUGAAAAACAAGAUGCGGGAAACAGGUCGAAGGUGGAGCCCUCCAAUGGCAGGCCGCUGGACAUCGUGCCCAGCAUGGAGGACAAGAUGGUCGACAGGGGUCAGUGGGGCAACAAGAUUGAGUUUGUCCUAUCCGUAGCCGGCGAAAUUAUCGGCCUGGGAAACGUUUGGCGUUUCCCCUACCUUUGUUACAAGAAUGGAGGAGGGGCCUUUUUCAUCCCAUACCUCAUAUUCCUAUUUGCUUGUGGGAUCCCGGUGUUCCUCCUGGAAACGUCUUUGGGUCAGUACACCAGUGAGGGAGGCAUCACUUGCUGGCGGAAAAUUUGCCCAUUGUUCGAAGGAGUGGGCUAUGCCACCCAGGUGAUUGUUGCCCUCCUGAACGUCUACUACAUCGUUGUGUUAGCCUGGGCGAUAUUCUUUCUCUUCAACUCCUUCACCUGGGAUCUGCCCUGGGCGUCUUGCAACAACACAUGGAACACAGAUUCCUGUAUGGCAUUUCAGAGGGGAAAUAGCUCCAUCAAUCACCAUGAGAACGCCACCUCUCCCGUCAUUGAGUUUUGGGAGCGAAGAGUCCUGAGAAUUUCUUCUGGCAUUGACCACAUUGGCUCGUUGAACUGGGAUCUGGUCGCUUGUUUGGCCGUUGCAUGGGUCAUCUGCUACUUCUGCAUCUGGAAGGGAGUCAAAUCCACUGGGAAGGUGGUUUACUUCACAGCUACUUUCCCUUAUGUUAUGCUAAUAAUCCUACUGAUCCGAGGAGUCACUCUGCCGGGAGCCUCCAGGGGAAUCUACUUCUACCUGUACCCUGAUUUGGAAAGACUGUCUGACCCCCAGGUGUGGAUGGAUGCUGGAACACAGAUCUUUUUCUCGUAUGCCAUCUGCCUGGGCUGCCUCACUGCUCUAGGAAGCUACAACAAAUACAACAACAACUGCUACAGGGACUGCCUGUGUCUCUGUUUCCUGAACAGCGGCACAAGUUUUGUUGCUGGCUUUGCCAUCUUCUCCAUUUUGGGUUUCAUGUCGUUUGAGCAAAACGUGCCCAUCUCAGAAGUGGCAGAAUCUGGUCCAGGCUUGGCCUUCAUAGCGUAUCCUCGCGCUGUAACCAUGAUGCCCGUCUCCCCUCUCUGGGCCUGCUGUUUCUUUGUAAUGAUUGUGUUCCUGGGACUGGACAGUCAGUUUGUUUGUGUGGAGAGCUUGGUGACAGCCAUGGUGGACAUGUAUCCCUCCGUCUUCCGCCGCAAAAACCGCAGAGAGCUCUUCAUCCUUGCAGUAGCUGUGGUGUCCUUCCUCAUGGGACUCAUCAUGCUGACAGAGGGAGGCAUGUACAUCUUCCAGCUGUUCGACUACUAUGCAGCCAGUGGGAUGUGCCUUCUUUUCGUGGCUAUUUUUGAGACUGUUUGCAUUGCCUGGGUUUAUGGUGUUGAUCGUUACUAUGAUAACAUAGAGGACAUGAUCGGCUACCGUCCGGGCCCUGUCAUUAAAUUCUGCUGGCUCUUCCUCACCCCUGCCACGUGCUUUGGAACCUUUGCCUUCGCACUGAUCAAGUACUCUCCUCUGAAAUACAACAAUGAAUACGUGUACCCAGUAUGGGGGGACGGGAUUGGCUGGAUGCUGGCGCUGUCCUCCAUGCUUUGCAUCCCUCUUUGGGCAGCAGGGAAACUCUACUGCACUCCAGGAACACUUAGAGAACGUCUCAUUCUCCUGACCACUCCCUCCACCGAGUUACCAGCGACGAAGAAGGAGCAAGGGAGGCUGAUGGGCAUCCUUGCAGGAGAAGAGGAUAGACUCCACCCGAACGCUCCCCACACAAAGGACGGCUACUUCCCUGUAGAUGAAAAGGAGUCUCAUUGCUAGAGACUUGAGAGUCGAAGUCUCUCUCUCGGUCUCUCUCUCUCUCUGUCUCUCUCUCUCUCUCUCUGUUUCUCUCUCUCCUCUCUCUCUCUCUCUCUCUCUGCCUUACCUCAGGUGCAGACUUUCAGAGCCACCGCACCUCUAAAUGCACCUCUUGCUACUGGAGCUUCCUCCCUCGUCCGGUGAUCGAACAAAACAUUCUCCAUCCUCUUUGGGAGAGCACGUCAACAUCUCAUAUGCCCAUGGCAGAGUAAUGUGUACAUUUGAAAAUGUGACCACUAUAGGUUCUCAGUGGCAAAGAAAUUUGCUUUCUAAGGAAGCCUUUUCAACCUGUUAUGGACAUCUGUAAUGUUCAGUUAGUUUGACGCAAUGUUUCAGUAACUUUCGUUAAUUUUUAACGACAUCAUCUGCAGCAGAUGGAGCACAAGAAGUGUCCCGACACUGCACAGUCCAUGAAAAGCUAACUUGAAUAAUAUUGUUGACUGUUUAAUUGCAUUUUUUUUUUAAUCAAUGCGACAUAUACUUUUUGUUUUGUUCUGUUACAGUUCUGUAAUGAUGACUGCUAUCAUCUCCAGGGUUCCUACACUGUCUUGAAAUGUCUGGAAAACUUAAAGUUUUCAAAGUCAGGAAGUAAGGGGAAAGGAUAAUUCCAUACGGGGGUAUAAUUACAUUUCUAGACUUUAUUCCUUCUCCAGCGUUUUAUUAAAAAAAUUCGAAUUUCUACGAGUGAAUUUCAAAUAAUUUCAUAAUUUCCUUUGUAUUUGAUCUCUGAUUUUACACAUUGCAAGUUCUGUUGAAGAUAUUAGCGAUCACUGUUUUGGAUUUUUACUCCACGACUAAGAACUAACUGAUGGAAACACAGUUUUUCAAAAACAAUAAUUAAAAAAACAACAACAGCCAUUUUACUAUUUCACUGCAUCUUCACUGAAGGCUAAAAAUGCCACAUUUAUUGCAAAAAUAAGUCAUUAAAUACAUUUUUAUAUGUGAGAUCAUUGAAAUAAAUAGCAGUACAGGGCAAUACAUAUUAAACAAGUAAAUAUGAACAAUUAAGCAAUAAGUAUUUAAAUGUAUGAAUUAUUUAGGAAAUGCAUAGACAAUUUCAUUUGAAAACAAUUCAUCAAAAUGUUUAUUCUGUUUUAAAUAUGUUUUAAAAGGGUUUGUGUUGAAGUAUUUCGUUUGUUGAACUAAUUUACAGUGUUGAAUUUGUUUCAUGUCUCAGCCUAAUGCAUCAGAGUUAAUGUGAAGGGCUAACAAUGCUUAAGAGACGGUGAUUGGUCUGCAGUUAACUCCCUGUGCAGGAAAACUAAUCAAAUCUUAGGCUCCAUCUGACAAGCCAGACGAAAUAAUUAAUUAAAUACAAUAAUUACUGCAUAGAAUUUUAAAACAUAAUGAAAAUGAAAAUUAAAUGGUUAUUUUGACAGAUUAUUGACACAUUCAGAUUACAAGAUCCAUCUCUUUAUUCAUUAAACUUAUUUCCAUGAUUUUAUUUAAAUGAUUACAUGUAUAAUAAUUUGGCAUUUUUAAGCCUCCUUAAAUUUUAAAUAGGAAAAGUGGUUCUUAGUCAAGACUGGUUUUGGAUGUCAGGCAUGAUUUAAAAAUUAUUGUUGGGAAUUGUUAAAUAAAGCGGAUUUAAAUCUAGCGGCUAUAAAAAAAA